AAGAGAGAUAUCUUUUUAAGGCCACAAAAGAAUUUUGUGGCUGAGAAUUGUGCCUCGAGCUGACGUGGCAACCCCCACCUGCUUAGACGGAUCAACAAAAGAGUUUUCAAACCAGACGAGGACGACGACCAAACUCAUACAUACCAACGUGUCACUCAGAUCUCUCUCUCUCUAAAAACAACGCAAAAGGGUAAAAAUGAGAGCACAAAUGUCGGAGCCUAAAGACCCGGCGAUCAAGCUCUUCGGCAAGACUAUACCGGUGGCGGAAGUUCCGGUUACUUCCGGUGGGUCUCAAGGACCUUCAGUUUCGGCUUCUGCGACUUCUAUGGACGAUAAUAUGGAUCAGGAACCUAAACCGAAUUCUUCUUCUUCUGAGGUCAUUACCAGUAAAGAUGAGGAUGAUAGAGACACAGAAAAGGCAACAACAAAUGAUGAUCCCACAGAGACUAAAGAGGAAGAUGGAAACCAACCUAUGUCUCCUGAAGAGCCAAGAAAUUCGGGUGCAACUUCUGGAAGUUCUGAGAACCCGACAACACCUGUUGAUAAGGAGAGUGUUACACCGAAAGCUUCAAAGACCGAAGAAGAGCAGAGCGAGGGAAAUAAUUCACAAGAAAAGACCUUGAAGAAACCAGACAAGAUACUUCCAUGCCCCCGGUGUAAUAGCAUGGACACCAAGUUCUGUUACUACAACAAUUACAACGUUAACCAACCCCGACACUUCUGCAAGAAAUGCCAAAGAUAUUGGACUGCUGGUGGGACGAUGAGGAAUGUUCCUGUGGGUGCUGGUCGUCGUAAGAACAAGAACUCUGCUUCUCACUACCGUCACAUAACUGUUUCUGAAGCUCUUCAAAAUGGAAGAACUGAUGUUUCAAGUGGAAUUCACUCUCCUCAUCCUUCAAUGAAAUCUAAUGGUACUGUCCUGACAUUUGGCUCUGAUGCACCCUUAUGUGAAUCAAUGGCAUCUGUUCUGAAUCUUGCUGAUAAAAACUUGAGGAACUGCACACAGAAUGGUUUUCUUAAACCCGAAGAAGUAAGGACUCCCGUACCUUUUCAAAGUGUAGAACAUGGAGAUAACAAUGUUGAUGGAUCUUCAAUUACAACAUCGAAUUCAAAGGAUGAGGCGUGUAACAAUGUUUCACAAGAACAAGUCAUACAAAAUCCUCAGGGUGUUCCUCCCCAAAUGCCAUGCUUUCCUGGGCCUCCUUGGCCGUACCCUUGGAAUGCUGCUCAGUGGAACCCUUCGGUUCCAAUGCCCGCUUUCUGUCCUCCAGGAUAUCCUAUGCCAUUUUACCCUGCACCUGCUUAUUGGGGUUGUAGUGUACCAGGGACAUGGAACAUCCCUUGGCUUCCAAUGCCAACAUCUCAAAACCCAGCCGCCCCGAGCUCUGGUCCUAACUCUCCUAACUCCCCAACAUUGGGAAAACAUUCAAGGGAUGAAAACACAGUUAAAUCAAAUUCCUCAGAAGAAGAACAACCAAAAGAAAGCAAUUCUGAGAGAUGCCUUUGGAUUCCAAAAACAUUGAGGAUCGACGAUCCAGGUGAAGCUGCUAGGAGCUCUAUAUGGGCAACAUUGGGGAUUAAGAAUGAUAAAGCCGAUUCAAUCAGCGGGGGAGGACUUUUCAAGGCUUUCCAACCAAAGAACGACGAAAAGAACCACAGAGCAGAAAACUCAGUCUUACAAGCGAAUCCAGCUGCAUUGUCAAGAUCGCUAAGCUUUCAAGAGAGGUCGUAAUUUAGUAAACUUGUGAAGCAAGAAUCAAUUCUUGUGUCUGGCCUCGGAGAAACCUUCCUCGUAAGAGUAGGCGUCGUUUACUUUUAGCUCAAGUAGUGUCACUGAUUUUUUUUUUCCCUUGCUCCGAGUGCUAGAAAAACAUAUGCAUCUUGUUCAAUGUUUGUACAUAUUUUCUUUCUUAUAUAUGUAAUAGUGAGAGUUAGAACAAGAGACUGAGUUUUUCCUACUAUAAAUCCCAUAUGCAAGUAAAUAAUGUGGGAAUUCAAAUUAAGCUUUUUUGCUACUUUGGUUAGACUUGUAUCCAACUUUUUGUUUAAUGUAGUCAAUUAUAUAUUUUGGUUUGAAAAA